GCUCGGCCAGCCUCGGCAGCGCCACAGCCUAGAGGGCAGUGUGAGCGCCGCGGCCGCAGCCUGGAAAGGCGGAGCGGCAGGAACUGCUAAGGCGAGGCGUUCUUGACAUCAGUUCCUCUGGCUGGAAGUGGGGAGUGGGUGGGCAGAGUUUUCUUCCCGAAAAUGCCACAAGUAGAAAGCGGCGAGCCCCGGGCGGCUGCCCUGGGGCAGGAGGCGGCAAACGGGCGCGCCCGGUGAAGGUCUGCUGCCGGCGGCGCGUUCGAGGCUGCGCGCCUCCUCUUUUCCCCUCCUGGGAACGAAGGAGCUUUAGUUAGUGGCGGCGGCAGCAGCAGCAGCAGCAACGUCAACUCCGGCCCCGCUCGCCGUCGCACCCAGCAUGAGCAGUGGCGACGGGCGCACGGGCGCCCGCGUGGCUGUGAAGAUGGAGGUGGCCCCCUUCUACGGCGAGGAAGGGCUGGAGCUGCUCCCGGACUUCGUGCAACUGCCGGGCUUCGCGGGCGGGCCCGGCGCAGCGGGACCUGCGGGGCUGGAUCCGGCCGAGGAAAGCGCGGCGGACCAACAGCACAAGCUUCUCCUGGCCGGGAAGAAGCAGCAGCAGCAGCGGGACUUGGUGGUGGCGGCGGCCACCCCCGGCGCUGCCUUGCCGCCAACCGGUCCCUUCACCUCGCUGCGCCCCCGGGGCGGCACCAGCAACACCGUGCACCGCCUGAUGCCCGACGCGCCCGGAGUCGGCCAGGAGGUGGGCUCGGGCGUGCUGCAGCCUCUGUUGAAGCUGCCGGCGGCCGCCGACCUAGAACAGCUGCUGAUCCAAGCGGGCAGCCCUGGCCUGGCCGGUCCGGCCAGCCCCAGCGGUGGAGGGCCUUCGGUGGUCGCGGCGGCGGCGGCAGCCGGGGGCUCCUUCUUGUACCGGUCUCCGCAGCCCUCAGCCCAGCAGCAGGCGGUGACGCAGGAACAGGAGGGCUUCGCCGACGGCUUCGUGAAAGCUCUGGCCGACUUGCACAAGCAGAACCAGCUGCUCGGCGUGUCUCCGGCGCCCCUCUCGCCCACCCAGCUCCCGGGGGCCCCCUGCUGCCCUCCGUCUCGCCAGGAGUCGCCCGCCGUCUACACCACCUUGGGCGGCUUCAACCCGGCCAGCCCGUCGACCGGCGGCACUUUUUUCUCUCCCCAAGUCGUGGCUCGUCUUCCAGCGCCCGGCUCGACGGGCAGACCUCUGGAGGAGCCGCAGACGGUGCCGGAGGCGGCCGUGGUGUCGGUUCCUCCUCCUCCGCCACCCCCGGCGCUUUCGUCCGGAGACUCACCGCCGCCGGCCUCCUCCUUGUCUCCGCUGGAUGCCGAGAGCCAGGAGCGCCUGAAAGCCGAGCGCAAGAGGCUGCGCAACCGCAUCGCGGCCUCCAAGUGCCGUCGGCGCAAGCUGGAGCGCAUCGCCCGCCUGGAGGAGAAAGUCAAGGCGCUCAAAGGGCAGAACGCCGAGCUGGCCGCCACCGCCAGCCUCCUGCGCGCCCAGGUCACCCAGCUGCAAGGCCGCGUCCGGAGCCACCUCUCCAGCGGCUGCCACAUUAACGCCGCGGCUGCAGUCCCGACGCAGACCUCGGCAGCAGCUAGCCAGCCCCCCGGCAGAGAAGGACCCACAGAACCGGAGACCAGCGCGUGUUGAAGCCGCUCGACCGUCCCGGGACGGGGAGAGAUACCGAUGCGCACACAAGCUUGCCUUGCGUGGCAUAGCGGGAAGGAUGACCCCCUUGAUCGUGGCGCCACGACAGAGCCACCUUCAGUUCCCUCUUCUUCGGUUCCCAAAGGUGCCAUUCGGUCAUCUGAGGAGGUUGGCGAACGGAUGGGUGAAGAGGUUCCUCUCCCACACGCCCCCUAUGCAUCCCUGUGCCCUCUUACCAGCUCCAAAGGGAGCCCCAAGAGCCAGAGAGAAACCGCGGUGUAGGCCUAAUGGGAGGUGGGGAGGGAGAAGAAGUGUGGGGAGCAACAGUCUCUGCUCCUCAAGGGACAGGAUGGGACAACAGGCGCUUUGGACAGCCAGGGAAUGUUGUUUACUCCGGAAGCAAAACUUUUAACAAGUACUCUUCAGUCGAAACAAAAUUGAGAUCAUUUCCAGCAUUGAUAGCUUUCCUGCCAAGUUGUGAAAGUGACGCUGAAGUGAUUAAUAACCAGAUUGUGAUGUUUGGGUUUUUUUUCCAGGAGCACAGGUCAGGUGCACAAACAU